AUGACAGACAAAACCUACACCUUCAAAUACUUCAACGUGACCUUUCCCCGGGAAUAUGUCGCGCACGUGGAGAUCAACCGCGCGGAGAAGAUGAAUGCGUUUAUGGAGGCCAUGUGGCUCGAACUCCGGCGCGUCUUUGACCAGCUCUCGCACGACUCGUCCGUGCGGGCCAUCGUGCUCAGCGGCGCCGGGGAGCGCGCUUUCACCGCUGGGUUGGAUGUGCAGGCCGCAUCGCAGGAGGGCAGCGGGCUGCUAGCUGCGACCAAGAGCCCGCAGCAGGGCCAGAACCUCGACCCGGGACGCAUCGCGGCGCGGCUGCGACGGCACAUUGCCGACUUCCAGGACUGCGUGACGGCCGUGGAGCGGUGCGAGAAGCCCGUCAUCGCGGCCAUGCACGGGUACGCGCUAGGGCUGGGCAUCGACCUGUCGACGGCGGCGGACGUGCGGCUGUGCGCGCGCGACGCCAAGUUCGCCGUCAAGGAGGUGGACAUCGGGCUGGCGGCGGACAUUGGCACGCUGAGCCGGCUGCCCAAGGUGGUCGGGCACUACGGGUGGGUGAAGGAGGUGUCGCUGACGGCGCGGGUGUUUGGGGCAGACGAGGCGCUGCGCGUGGGGUUCGUCAACGCCGUCUACGACGACAAGGACAAGACGGUGCAGGCGGCGAUCGACCUGGCGGGGGUGAUCGCGAGUAAGAGCCCUGUUGCGGUGCAGGGGACGAAGGAGUUGUUGAAUUGGUCGCGCGAUCAUUCUGUGCAGGAUGGCCUCCGCUACACCAGCGUCUGGAACAGCGCCGCCCUGCAGACGAAAGAUGUCACGGCGGCGAUAUUAUCCGGGCUGCAGAAACGGACUCCAACGUUUGAGAAGCUGUAG